CGCCUCCUCGCCUGCGCGCCGUGACGCCGCUGCCGGGCGCGGGGACCGCCCGAGCCAGGCCCCCGCCGCCGGGCUCCGCGCUCGGCCGAGGGGCACCCAAGCAGCCGCGGCGGUCGCCCGGAAAAGUUUCCCCACUCGGCUCCCCAGGAGCCGGCCCUCAUCCUGCCCCCCAGCCCUGCCCAUCUCGGCCCCAUGCCCCCGCCAGUCAGCUCCGGGCCCCGGGCAGUGAGCAGACACGAGUUAGCCAAGGCCCUGUGACCAGGCCAGGGAGACGGGAGCUCUGGGGUCCCAGUCAUCUGCCCCCCCAUGGAGCUGAGGCCCUGGUUGCUAUGGGUGGUAGCAGCAGCAGGAGCCUUGAUCCUGCUAGCAGCUGAUGCUCGUGGCCAAAAGGUCUUCACCAACACUUGGGCUGUGCACAUCUCUGGAGGUUCAGCUGUGGCUGACAGCGUGGCACGGAAGCAUGGGUUCCACAACCUGGGCCAGAUCUUCGGUGACUAUUACCACUUUAGGCAUAGAGCGGUGACAAAGCGGUCCCUGUCACCUCACCGCCUGCGACAUAGCCGGCUACAGAGAGAGCCUCAAGUAAAGUGGCUGGAGCAACAGGUAGCAAAACGGAGGACCAAGAGGGACGUGUAUCAGGAGCCCACUGACCCCAAGUUUCCCCAGCAGUGGUACCUGUCUGGUGUCACGCAGCGAGACCUGAAUGUGAAGGAGGCUUGGGCCCAGGGUUUCACCGGUCACGGCAUAGUGGUCUCCAUCCUGGACGACGGCAUUGAGAAGAACCAUCCCGACUUGGCAGGCAAUUAUGAUCCUGGAGCCAGUUUUGAUGUCAAUGACCAGGACCCUGACCCUCAGCCUCGGUAUACACAGAUGAAUGACAACAGGCACGGCACUCGGUGUGCAGGUGAAGUGGCAGCAGUAGCCAACAAUGGUGUCUGUGGUGUAGGUGUAGCUUACAACGCACGAAUUGGAGGCUGGCCUGUGCCUAUGGGUGCCCCUGGCAGCUGGACCCAUGCAGAUCCCUUUUCCCACCCCCCUCUGCGGCCAGGGGUGCGCAUGUUGGAUGGUGAGGUGACCGACGCAGUAGAGGCUCGUUCGCUGGGCUUGAACCCCAACCACAUCCACAUCUACAGCGCCAGCUGGGGCCCUGAGGAUGAUGGCAAGACCGUGGAUGGGCCAGCCCGUCUCGCUGAGGAGGCCUUCUUUCGGGGAGUUAGCCAGGGUCGUGGGGGACUGGGCUCCAUCUUUGUCUGGGCCUCAGGGAACGGGGGCCGGGAACAUGACAGCUGCAACUGUGAUGGCUACACCAACAGCAUUUACACGUUGUCCAUCAGCAGUGCCACGCAGUUUGGCAACGUGCCCUGGUACAGUGAGGCCUGCUCCUCCACGCUGGCCACCACCUACAGCAGUGGCAACCAGAAUGAGAAGCAGAUCGUGACAACUGACUUGAGGCAGAAGUGCACAGAAUCUCACACAGGCACCUCAGCUUCUGCCCCGCUGGCAGCGGGUAUCAUUGCUCUCACCCUAGAGGCCAAUAAGAACCUCACGUGGCGGGACAUGCAGCACCUGGUGGUUCAGACCUCUAAGCCAGCCCACCUCAAUGCUAAUGAUUGGGCCACCAAUGGUGUGGGCCGGAAAGUGAGCCAUUCGUAUGGCUACGGGCUGUUGGAUGCAGGUGCCAUGGUGGCCCUGGCCCAGAACUGGACAACAGUGGCCCCCCAGCGGAAGUGCAUCAUUGACAUCCUGGUGGAGCCCAAGGACAUUGGCAAACAGCUAGAGGUGCGCAAAUCCGUGACCGCGUGCCUGGGCGAGCCCAACCACAUCACCCGGCUGGAACAUGCUCAGGCACGGCUCACCCUGUCUUACAAUCGCCGUGGUGAUCUGGCCAUCCACCUUAUCAGCCCCAUGGGCACCCGUUCCACCUUACUGGCUGCCAGACCCCACGACUACUCCGCUGAUGGCUUUAAUGACUGGGCUUUCAUGACAACUCAUUCCUGGGAUGAGGACCCCUCUGGCGAAUGGGUCCUAGAGAUUGAAAAUACCAGCGAAGCCAACAACUAUGGGACGCUGACCAAGUUCACUCUUGUACUAUAUGGCACAGCCUCUGAGGGGCUCUCUCCACCUGAAAGCAGCGGCUGCAAAACCCUCACGUCCAGCCAGGCCUGUGUGGUGUGUGAGGAAGGCUUCUCGCUGCACCAGAAAAGCUGUGUCCAGCACUGCCCACCAGGCUUCACACCCCAGGUCCUUGAUACACACUACAGCACUGAGAAUGAUGUGGAGAUCAUCCGCGCCAGCGUCUGCACUCCCUGUCAUGCCUCAUGCGCCACUUGCCAGGGCCCAGCUCCCACAGACUGCCUCAGCUGCCCCAGCCACGCCUCCCUGGACCCUGUGGAGCAAACCUGCUCCAGGCAAAGCCAGAGCAGCCGAGAGUCUCGGCCUGAGCAGCAGCCUCCUGCACUGCAUCCAGAGGUGGAGGUGGGGCCCCGGCUGCAGGCUGGGCUGCUGCCCUCUCACCUGCCUGAGGUGGUGGCCGGCCUCAGCUGCGUUUUCAUCGUGCUGGUCUUUGGCACUGUCUUCCUGGUCUUGCAGCUGCGCUCAGGCUUUAGCUUCCGGGGAGUGAAGGUGUACACCAUGGACCGUGGCCUCGUCUCCUACAAGGGGCUGCCCCCUGAAGCCUGGCAGGAGGAGUGCCCAUCUGACUCAGAAGAGGAUGAGGGCCGGGGCGAGAGGACCGCCUUUAUCAAAGACCAGAGCGCCCUUUGACGAGCCCACUGCCCACCCCAUCAAAUUAAUCCCUUUCUUGGGCACUUUUUAAUUCACCAAAGUAUUUUUUUAUCUUGGGACUGGGUUUGGACCCUAGUUGGGAGGUGAGAGGGGCAGACACUGCUUCCUACCCUACCCUUGGGCCUACCUGUAUGCCUGAGGUGGGGCCACAGGGGCCUCACCCCUACCAUCCCUCCACGUGGAGAAAGGAGUCAAAUCUUUAGGGCAGCUUCCAAGGCCCAGCUGGAGUUCCUGCGAGUGAAGAGGGACAGCCUCUCUCUGGGUCCUUGACCAGGCUGCAGCCCCGCCCCUUUCCUGCCCCUCAGAAAGCAAUAAUGGUCCCCAUCCAGGCAACACAGAGGCUGGCCAGGAGGUACUUGAAGAAGGUGGUCACCUCUCCAAGGGCUUUUGCAUCCCUGACCCUCUGGCUCAUGGAUGAGCCUCUGCAGAAGCUGCAGUUGUAGGAAGGGACCAAAGCAAAGCAGGCACUUUCCAGCGUGCCCAUACUUACAUGCUCUCAGCCUGCCUCUGCACUCCUGGCCUCCAGCCCGUAGCCAGGAUGAGCUAGGCUGGUACGGGCCAAGCUGAAGCUCUGGGGCCCUUAAGCUGGUGUCCUGACCAUCCUGUAUGGCACCUUUGCCCCCUGUCAGGGCCCUGUUUUCUGAGCCCGGGGCUGCCUGGGCUGUUGGCACUCACAGUACCGGAGCCCCUGGGUGGGUGGUGGGAAUGGACGGUAGCCCAGCCGGCUUCUCCCGCCUCCCACCCGAUGCUGCUUUCCCCUGUGGGGAUCUCAGGAGCUGUUUGAGGAUAUAUUUUCACUUUGUGAUUAUUUCACUUUAGAUGCUGAUUUUUUUUUUUUUUUUUUUUUUUUUUUUUGUAUUUUUAAUGGGGGUAGCAGCUGGACCAUUCACCUCCUCACACCCAUGCCCAUCCUGCCCUCCCCAUGGCUGCCCAGCCCUGAGGUGUAGGGGCUGCAGCAUGUUGCUGAGGAGUAGGGAAUAACUAAGCCCCAUGUCCUGAAGAGGCAGGCUGGCCAGGUGAGCUCUGGAAAGGGGGCCAUGGUAGGAGGGUAGACUGACAUCUGUGUUUCAAAUGGGGUUGUGCCAAGGGCUUAUGGGUUGCUGGCUCUCCGGUGCUGGGGUGGGCAGGUGGCAGCAUCCAGCCCUUUCUAACACUGUGUCCUGGUGGAGAAAGCAUUGCCUACGAUCCCCUGAGCCCCUCUUCUGAUGUGCCUUUUGCACCCCUCCCAUUAGGACAAUCAGUCCCCUCCCACCUGGGAGCCUGUUUUUCUUUUCCCCAGCCCUUCCUGGUACCCAGCCUACCUGCCCAGGGGUGCCCCUUCCUCUCCUGCCUACCCCUCGUGGCCAUCCUGGCUGGUUUUGUAAGAUACUGGGCUGGUGCACAGUGAUUUUUUUUUUCCUUGUAAUUUAAAUGGGCCUGGUAUUGUUGGUUCUAUUUAAUGGACACAAGAUAAUGUUAGAGGUUUUAAAGUGAUUAAACGUGCAGACUAUGCAAACCAA